AUGGAAACGGUAGAGCCAUCGUACCAAACGGAGGCCUCUGACGUCUCGGUGACAUCAGACAAACCUCUGAUGUUGUCGACCAGAAGUAAUACGCUAGAUGCCACAAUGUGCAUGCUAAACGCGCCUUGUGGUGUGGUAGGUCUCAGGCUUAUGAGUGUCGAUGAAAUUCUCAAAAUUCUCAACAAUAGAGAAUCCAAUGAGGAGGGCAGUCUUCAGCAGCCCUCCUCGUUGGAGUUGAGAACUUUGGCCUGCAAGCAUUGCAGUAGGAAGUUUUCGACUUUGCAAGCACUAGGGGGCCACCAGAACGCCCACAAACAACAGAGGGCAUGGGUCAAGCACCGCCGCGACAUGGUGGACAUGACGGGUGGCGCUCCCCCACCGCCGUGUGGGUACCCCUACUACCCCUACCCUACCAAUAGGUGUUUGCUUGGGGUUAGGUCAAAAUCCAAGAUUCAAAAACCCUACUCUAAUCUAGGUGGAUUUCUUAGUUUAGGAGGAUAUCAUAAUCCUAUAAUUAUUGAUGAUGGAGUAACAAGCAAGGCCAAGGAUGGUGAAAGUAGCGGCGGUGAUCAAUGGCUUGGAUUAAGAGUUGGUGAUGGCGGCGGCGAUCAACAUGAUGCUUCAGGGAUUGAUUUGGAGCUUAGGCUUUGA